AUGACUUUAUUUUAUACUCAAACCCCCUCUAUUCGUCCAUACGACCGCACUUGUACAGAAAGUUUAAACAACAUCCAUCCGCGGUCUUCUCCCACUUUGCCCGAAAAAUCAAGCACUGAGGCAUUUCCUCAAGCGUAUUCGGCAACCUCACCACCUUCAAAACAUAACGAUCAAGUGUACAAUCUGCCUUGCAUCGUUGCUCCUUGUCCUAAGAAGGCCUUGUAUGCUUAUCCCGGAAACCUGUUUGACAACUUUAUGUCGGUCACCCCACUUCCCGAGAAUCCUUGGGGGCUGUCUGCUGUGCAAGAGGACAUUGAGGAUGAUCCCGCAUCGUUUGAUACUACCGUUGACUCACCUGAGACCAUGUCUGACGAGGCACUUGCGUGCGCUGAACUCAAGGAAAUCAUGGGUAAUUCGAGCCGUGGUUCUAGUCGUUCAGUUUCACAAUCCACUUCUCCUGACCAUGCGCAUCGUGCACAAUCCUCUCCUGUAACGGAAAUUAGUCAGGAUGACGACGAAUUCUUUGGUGAAAAUGAGCAAUCUUAUGCGGGAGCUAUUGAUAUUGAACAAACUAGACAGCGUCCGACAUCACGUCCGAUGAAACUUGCAAUUGACAACUCUCAUUUGAUCUUUGGUUCCUCACCAAUUACCCGUGCCCAUAAUCCAUUGCCGAUGGAUUCGCAUUUCUCUCCAAAUAAACGCCAUCACCAUCAGUCCCAACCAUAUCCAUCACGACCUGCGCUUCAUCAAGCUACUAACAUUCAACGCAAGUUGGCUGACGCAGUCGCCGAUAUGCAAGUUAAUAGAAAUUCUUUUGAUGAUCUAACUCAACCUCCUUUGUCAAAGGUUUCUAAGGCCGCCAUUUUAUUACGCAUCUCCGAAGGCGGUAGACGCCGGGCACUAUCUGUAGGAAGUGCUGGUUUAAAACCUGGUAGUAAGAUUGUUGGUUGCGUCUAA